AUGCCAUUUGAGUACUGCGAGUUCUCCGGCGCUGCCUGUUCAAAGCAAGGGGAUGCGAAAGCAGAAGACCCAAAUACCCAGGCGUCUGCAUUGCAGCAGAAGGAACAUGAAGAGCAGCUCUCAAAUGAAUUAGAAGAGAAAGCCGCAAUAAGCGAUGCAAAAAGAGGCGCCGGGAAGAAGGAUGGUGCGAAGCCGAAAGUCGUGACUGUUCAGAAACAAACGAAGAGAAGAGGCAAAUGUGCAACCAACAUCUGGGGCCUUGAGCACUUCGGUGCGUUCACUAUCAUUCCCAGUAGAGAAGCAGCGAAAUAUGUUUCAUCGAUUGCAGAGGAAUAUGAAGAGGAAAUUAUAUUUCUUAGAUUACAAAUGAAAAGGAAAACAUUCUAA